AUGGAGGGAGCCACCGUAAUCGAUGUUGGCGGAGACAGUUGUGCCACAGCGGCUACGCUGGCAACAGCAUAUCCUAUGCUCCUAUGUCGAAACACUUCCCAAAAGCAUUUCAGAAGGAUCGAUCUGCAAAAGCAUAACAUGUUCAAAGAGCAACCGGUCAAGGGCGCUGAGAUAUAUCUUUUGAGAACCAUUAUCCACGAUUGGCCAGAUGAAGAGGCGAUAUCCAUCCUUCGCCGUCUAGUAGCUGCAAUGGAACCUCAUAGUCACCUUGUAAUCAUGGAUGUGGUCCUUCCAGUUCCAGAAAUCGAGUCCCCGCACUAA